AUGGACUUCUUGAUGAGCGGCCUGGCAGCCUGUGGUGCCUGUUUGUUCACCAAUCCCCUGGAGGUGGUGAAGACCAGGAUGCAGCUGCAGGGAGAACUGCGGGCCCCGGGCACCUACCAACGGCACUACCGAAACGUCUUCCAUGCCUUCAUUACCAUCGGCAAGGUGGAUGGCCUGGCGGCCCUGCAGAAGGGCCUGGCCCCUGCCCUCUUAUACCAGUUUCUGAUGAACGGCAUCCGGCUGGGCACCUACGGGCUGGUGGAAGCUGGGGGCUACCUGCACACGACUGAAGGCACACUCAGCCCUGUUCGUAGCGCAGCAGCUGGGGCCUUGGCUGGGGUCAUGGGAGCCUACUUGGGGAGCCCCAUUUACAUGGUGAAGACACACCUACAAGCACAGGCAGCCACAGAAAUCGCUGUAGGGCACCAGUAUAAUCAUCAGGGCAUGUUUCAGGCACUAACCAAGAUUGGCCAGAAACAUGGUCUGGUGGGGUUGUGGCGUGGGGCCCUGGGCGGCCUGCCCCGAGUUAUCGUCGGUUCCUCCACCCAGCUGUGCACCUUCUCCUCCACCAAGGACCUCAUGACCCAGUGGGAGAUAUUUCCACCCCAGAGCUGGAAGGUGGCUUUGGCGGCCGCCAUGGUGAGUGGCAUCGCGGUGGUCCUGGCCAUGACACCCUUUGACGUGGUCAGCACAAGGCUAUACAACCAGCCCACAGAUGCUCAGGGCAAGGGCCUCAUGUACCGGGGGUUACUGGACGCUCUGCUGCAGACGGCUCGGAAAGAGGGCAUUUUUGGCAUGUACAAGGGAAUAGGUGCCUCCUACUUCCGCCUUGGCCCCCACACCAUCCUUUCCCUCUUCUUCUGGGACCAGCUGCGCACGGUCUACUACAUGUACACCAAAUAA